UAUUUUCUCCUUCUAGUGAGGACUCAAGCAGCAGCAUUCUGGACGUUCUGCAGCUGUCUUACAGCUCGUCCGGAGAGCCCAGUGAGCAGUGCCGUUACACUAGUCCAACCUGCACGGAUUGGUCUCUCUGAGUCUGGUUUAGACGUUCUUUCCUUGAUUUCCUUGAUCCUUCUUCAGUUGGUAAAAAGCUGCUGAUGAUAUUGAUUUCAUGUGGCUGUUAAAGUUCACACCUGAGCCCAAUAUUACCCCUAGAUUUCUCACCUGAUCAUUACGUUUUAGAGACAGAGGGUCUUAAGGUGACUGAUGGCACUUUCUCUUUGUUUCUGUGGGCCAACGUGCCCAAAGUGCGGCCCGGAGGCCAUUUGCGUCCCACAGCUGCUUUUUCAUUGGCCCGCAGCACAUUUUACAAAAUCGCGCCAUUUUAGUAGCAUAAUGUUGAAAUAUUAAAUAAAAAAGACAUAUUUUUCUCUCAGUCGUAACAUUAUGAGAAACAAACAAAGAAUAAAGUUGUAAUUUUUGAAAAAUUUGAUUGCAAAAAAAGUUAUGUUACAGGAAUAAAGUGAAAAGAUUAUGGGAAUAAAGUCAUACUUGACGAGAAAGAAGGAGAGGGAGAGGAGCCAAUUGAGGUGGCUGCUCCUGCACACCUCUCUGGUGAGGUGGUCCAGACGAGCCCAGCCAGGAGGAGACCCAGGGAUAAGCCUCGGACACGCUGGAGGGAUUAUGUCUCACAGCUGGCCUGGAAACGCCUUGGUGGAACUGGAAGAGGUGGCUGGAGCCCGGGAGUCUGGGCUUCCCUACUGACACUGUUGCCCCUGCAACCCGGACUCCAAGAAACAGGAUGAUUGGAUGGAAUCGAUACCAACAUUUGUAGCACGGUCCCUAGGAUUCAAUGUUAAUAAAUUGAAUAUUUUCAUAGUCAGAGCAUAGGAAACCUGUUUAUGACUUCCUAAAUACGCUUUUUAUCAUUAUUAGACCCCUGUAGACAUGAAAUAACACCCCAUAGUCACGUGUACACUCAUAUUAUUCUUUGUUUACGCCGCAUUGCAACUCUUAUACUGCAGGGACUGGAGAUGGCUGCAAGCUAGCAAGCCUACCAGUUAGACUCGAAUUUGUUUCUUCUAAUUUUAAGAAGCCAAAAACUUACCACUUCGCCAUGGAAUGGGAGGAGAAUUUUUUUUCAAUCGGUCAUGUGGGACAUGCAAUAGCUAACUUCAGGACUUCAUGCAGUGUUAAGGUCAUGUCAUGUAAGCUAAUGUCUCAAUGUUUUGUGUCAUUACUGACACCUACUGACCAGAAUCCUGCAUAUCACUUGUAUUUCAAUAUGUUUUGACUAAUAAUAGACCAUAGUCUGCCAUGUCAACAGCAAUCAUUUAUUAAUUAAUUAAUUUAGGAAAAAAUGCUAUAGAAGGAGGGAUGACUGUAUUGCCCACCAUUACAGUGUGGUUUGAUUGUGUGCCAAAAUUUGAUUAGUCAUUUUAAGUUUGUAUUUGCCUUAUGAACAGUAUAUUAACAAUAUUAUACAUUAACAAUGAUUAAGUGCGCAAUUUUCCUUUAAGAACGUUUCCUGUUUACAAAUGGUGCCCUUACAAAGAUGGCGUCGCGUGUCGGGCCACACUUCCUGUUUCCGGGUUACGUCAUGAUGGCGCGUUACGUAGUACGUAUUCGCCAUACCGUCAGUUGGCGUAUGAUAACAAUAAACAACCCCGAAACAAGAGAAAGACACCAACAGGACUUGUCGCUCCAUUUCGACAAAAAUAGUCGAAAAUAUGAGCCGAGACGGCGACAGACUGUUGGACUAGCGAGCCAUCGUCACGGGGAAGUCUUGUCGCGCACACAGAGGAUCUAUUUUUUGGACUUUUUAUGUCAAGCCCGAGAGAAGUGGAGUUACGGUUUGCCCCUUCCUUAGCCCCCAGCAGCUAGCUGUGGCUCAUUCCUGCUUUUAGCUCACUUCUUGUGUUCGCCUGUUAUGCAGUUUCCAGAGGGCUGUCGUCGCACUCCUCGUUCUCCUCCGCCGCCUCUUCGCUCCCUCUCCCCGCUCUCGCUGGCCCUAUGUCUCGCUGGCUUUUCCCCUGGUCAGGCUCAAUCAAGAAGCGGGCCUGUCGGUACCUCUUACAGCACUACCUCGGUCACUUUUUGCAGGAGCGCCUAAGCUUGGACCAGCUGGGCUUGGACCUGUACAAUGGCAGCGGUGUCAUCAAGGAAAUUAACCUCGAUGUCUGGGCUGUCAACGAGCUUCUGGAGUCUCUUGGGGCUCCCCUGGAAAUAGUUGAUGGGUUUGUGAGCAGCAUCACAGUGACCAUCCCCUGGCAAGCUCUGCUAACUGAUCACUGCACCUUAGAAGUGUCUGGUCUCCAGAUCACAUGCAGGCCCAAGUACCGCACUGGCGGGGGCUGGGACUCCCAAGGCUGGUCGUCCAGCAUGACCUCGAGCAUGCAGCUGGCUCAGGAGUGCCUGAAAGACCCCCCAGAAGCAUCCGAGGAGCCGCCAGCCCCGCUGGAGGGGCUUGAGAUGUUUGCACAAACCAUUGAAACGGUCCUUCGUCGUAUUAAAGUCACCCUCCUGGACACCAUAGUCCGCAUCGAGCACCAGCCCCCGGACCUGGAAACAGGCGUUGCCUUAGAGGUGCACAUCAAAUGGCUGGAGUACUUUGAUGAGGCGGUGCGGGACCCAGCCAGUCAGACUGCUGUGCCUGUGGACAUCCAUCAGCCGCCCGCCUUCCUGCACAAGAUCCUGCAUCUGAGUGCUGUCCGGCUUCUUUAUGACAGCAUGGGCACAGCACAGGAAGUUCCUGAGCGGAAAAAAAAUGAGCCGUACGCUGCCAGUGAAGGCGAUGAGGAUGAUUAUGAUCAGCAGGAGCGAGAAAAGGGGAAGCCCCCGGAGGUCCCCCUUUCUCAGCCGCUGCUCAUAGGAAGCUGCUCUGGUUUCAUGGAGACCACGGUCAAGAUCAAGCAGAAUGACAUGCUGCCUGGACCAAAGUUGGAGUUGGAUGGGAAGGUGGGCUGUGUCCACAUGCUUCUGUCCCCGGCUCAAAUAACCCACCUGACCGACCUGCUGGCAGCUCUUUGCAUCGAAACAGAGUCUGAGACCAAGCGCGGGGGCAUGCACAGCCGCCCGCUAGACUCGGACGACCUGCGUAUGAUCGAAGAAGACCUCAGCAAGCAGUUAGGCUCAAGUCCGCGGGACCUGGAGUGGGAUGCCGAGUGCAACCUGGAGCCUUACGUCACCACUCUGGAGAAUGGCGAAAUGUUUUAUUCCAUGGGUCCUGCUGGGAUGAGCAGCAGCGUGACGUCUGUGCGCUCUGGUAGCGAGCUGUCUGAUAGCGAUAUGGAUUCUUCUACGCACUCACUGGCCAGUCUCACUCAGCCUGCAGCGCUGGCCGCACAGGGCCUUAUGAACUGUCCCAGGCGUUACCCGGUAGCAGGCUAUCUGUCCAGUUUACCACAGACCAGCCAUCGAAGCAGAGGACGUUCCCGAAGCGGCCAUGCGGAGCAGCUGAAGCCCGAUGCUUUGCUGCGUCUGACUCUCGGCGGCCUCACCCUCACAAUGCUGCAGGAGGACCCACCUCCCAAGCCGGACGGCGCCUCCUCAUUGGCUCAGGUGUCUCAGGUGUUCUUCAGGGAGCUGGCUUUCUUUAAGGACAGCAUGUUCAGUGAGAGAGACUUCCAUAACCUAAGAGGAGGCUUCGCCAAGGCCUGCCCACACGCCCACCUCAGAGUGACGGGAGCGGCAGUGCAGGUUUUCUGCGAAAUGCGGAGCGGACAGCGCAACAGUCGGGCGGUGACCUCUGACCUCUCCUUCAGCAGACUAGAAAUGCUGGAGUGCCUCUGGGAGAACGACGAGCCUGAGUACAGCGAGUUGCUCCAAUUCCAGAAAGCCAGUAUGUUUACAGUUGGAGUGGCAGCCAAACCCUGUGCCCAGCUACACUACAGCCUCACUGAGAAUCACCUGAGGAAGGGUAAACAGCGAGUGGUGCGGCGUGAAAGUGUGGUGCGAGUAGAGCUAGAAGAUCUCAGUGCCGAGUUGGACCUGGACGUCCUCGGUCGGCUGGGCAACCUGAGCAAGGCCUUCAGCCGCAUUCCUGCCGAGAACGUCGGACCCGACAACCUGCAGACACAAAGCACCGAGCUGUGCUCUUCCUUCUCCCUCCUCGCCCCGCACGCCGUCCUCAGGCUUCGUUUCCCCGUACCGGACCUGCGCCCACUCUCCGAGUGCCAGCCUCCGAGCCAGAGGGCGGUGAGGGAGGAGACUCUGGUGUUGGAGCUGACCGAUUUGGUGCUCAAGCAUCAAGAAGCACCGGAUCUCCAGAGCGAGCAGCCCUGCCAGGGUCAGCUGUUGGCGCCCUGCCUCACCCAGCUGCUGGAGGCGUCCUUCACUGACCUGCAUGGAUCAUAUGAGGGCUGGGAGGGAGACUCCUUCCCCUGCAUCAGAGUGAAGAAAAGCCACGACUCCAUGCCAAGGCUAUCAGUGCGAGUGCGAGGAGGCGAGAUGCAGGGCCAAGCCGCGGGGCUAGCCGGCUUGAACCUGGGCCUCGCCAGAGACCUGGGGGCUGCCUUCUUUGAAAGCCACUGUGAUCUCAACGACAAAACCAGCUCCCCGUUCUCCUCCAACCGCACCAUGUUUGAGACUGAGGAGAUGGUGAUCCCGGCCGACCCGGAGGAGAUGCGUCAGUUCCAAUCCCAGUGCGUCGCUCAGUGUCAGUGCGCUGUGGAUGUUAGGUUUCCUCUGGCGUACGUCCUUCUGCCCAGCAAGCAGGCUUUCCAAAGCAUCUACAACAGGAUCAAUAAUGACCUGCUGAUGUGGGAGCCGCCUCCCCCUCCGCCCCUCUCAGCCCACAGCUCUGUGCACAGUCGCCAACAGCACGAUGAGUUUCAACUCUGCAAGUCGGCCUUCCGGCUGGACUCUGACUCAGAGGAGGACGAACCUCAGUUCUACUUGGCCAAUGAACCAUCAGGGAGGACAAAGUCGGCGCUCCAGUCCAACCACAACCUCAGCCUCCUCUCCCUCACCGUCGUCAUCGGCAAAGGUCGCCUUCAAGCCAGGACAGACAAGAAGGAGGACCAGAGUCACGGAGAAAUCGUGCUUGACCUGGAAGGGGGGAAGAUAUUCAGUGUAGCACAGCACCAGAAUGACCCUAAUCUCAGUUUCCUGUGUCUGGAGAGUCGACGGGUAGAGCUCUACCAUCGAGCUGUUGUGAAAGACACCGCUAUUCCGCCACGGAUAGAGAUGCCCAAGUUCAUUGCCCCCAAACACUUGGACCCGACCAUCUACCCCACUGAGGUGGGGGUCAGCAGUGUGAGCGGCAGGGAGGCGGAGCCACAGAUGCUGUCCACAGCCAUCAAAAUCACACUGGACUCACAGAGGAAUGUGAAGGAGUUUCUUGUCGCCCUUCGACUUCAGGGGGCCACCAUGCGGCAUUAUGUGACGCAGACCAAUCACAGCUGGCAUGAGCAGCUUGUUGACUUCCUGGAUGUCAUCGAUGACCCUAUCCUGGGAUACACAGCCCCUGCUGUCAUCACCGUCCUCCACACACACCUAGCUACCUGUGCUGUCGACUAUAGGCCACUGUAUCUACCGCUGCGAAUGUUGCUCACAGCAGAGUCCUUUUCUCUGUCCAGUAAUAUCAUUGUCGACACGGCCACCUUCCACCUCAGAUUCAUCCUAGAUGACUCCGCCCUCUACCUCUCCGACAAAUGUGAUAGCGAUGUAGUGGACCUGAGGAGGGACUAUGUUUGCGUUCUGGACAUUGACCUCCUGGAGCUUGCCAUCACCACAUGGAAAGGCAGCGACGCAGGCAAGCUGGCUCAGCCCCUUUUUGAGCUCCGCUGCUCCAACAACGUAGUUCACCUGCACACUUGUGCAGAUUCCUGCGCCGCCCUGGUCAACAUGCUGCAGUACCUUGUAUCCCAGGGUGACCUGCACCCCCCUCCCCGACACACCUCACCCACAGAAAUCGCCGGACAGAAGCUUCCGCUGUCCGAGAGCCCCGCGUCUGUGCUGCCCUGCCCUGCUGCUGAAACGACCGAGAUCAACCAGUAUGAUCUGACUGAUGCCUUAAUAGACACCGAGAAGAGCCACCAGGAAGCGAAGAUAGAUCCAGGCUCGCCCUCCAUGCCAAGAGGCUCGCCAGUCUCUGUCUACCUGUUCCCCGGUGAAGCCUCCAAGCGCGACCUCUCCGUACUUGAGGAGGAGGAGGACUCUGAGCUGGAUGGGCUCGUCGCCACAGCAACGGAAGCACAAGCAGAUAUGAUGGUGGACGAAGGCUCUGAGGGCUCUACCGACAACGACGACUUUUGCAUCUUGGAGGCCCCCGGCAUGGGCAUACCUCCCAGAGACGGGGAGCCCAUUGUGACCGUUCUGUUCGAGGGCCCCAUCCACGUGAAGGACAGUCACUUCUCCAGACCGCGAGGAAGCUCUGACCUGCUUCGUGCUCCCAGCCGCUUCCCGGUGCCCCAAAGCAGGGUGGUGCUGCGGGAAAUCUCCGUGGUGUGGCAUCUGUAUGGCGGCAAGGACUUUGGCGGCAAGCCCUCAUCCAUACACGGCCAGCAUGCCAAUAGAGGUCGAUCCGUCCCAUCCGGUGUCCGAGGCUCCCCGUCUCGCUCUGUCGGCUCCUCUCGCCCGCAGAACUCCUGGAGGUGGGCUGGAGGUAGCGGCCGUCAGCACAGCCUGCUCAUAGAGAUCCAACUCACCAAGGUGUCCUUCCAGCACGAGUCCUACCCAGUGGCGGCGGUGGGCCAAGACAGCGACGCGUCUGUGUCCGUGGGCGUUGGCCCCGGAGGGGAGCAGCCUCUCUCCAGGCAGGUUUUUAUUGUCCAGGAGCUGGAGGUUCGCGACCGUCUGGCCUCCUCGCAGAUCAACAAGUUCCUGUACCUCUACACGAGCGAGAGCAUGCCUCGGCGAGCCCACUCCAACAUGUUGACCAUAAAAGCCCUGCAGGUGUGUCCUGAGUCUGGUCUUGGUGGUCCUGAGUGUUGUCUCCGGGUCAGCCUGCUGCCACUCAGACUUAAUAUCGAUCAGGAUGCCCUGUUCUUCUUGAAGGACUUUUUCAGCAACUUAGCUUGCGCUGUUAACCCCUACCAGCCUGUGGACCCUGCAGCUGAAGGUGAAGUGCACCCACCAAUGAAAGCAGACCCUUCCCAGAAGGCCCCAGAAGACGCAGAGUCAGCUGGCGGUCUGGGCCUUGACCUCACGGCGUCAGUAGAAACCACUCACAGCGAGCAGAGCUCCUCCUCAGCUGGCUCCACUUCCUCUUCCGAGCAGCCAAUCUACUUCCGCGAGUUUCGUUUCACCUCUGAAGUGCCUAUCUGGCUGGACUAUCACGGCAAACACGUGGUCAUUGAUCAGGGAACUUUUGCAGGGAUUCUGAUCGGCCUGGCUCAGUUAAAUUGCUCUGAGCUGAAGCUGAAGAGGCUGUGCUGUCGACACGGCCUGCUCGGUGUGGACAAGGUGAUCCAGUAUGCCGUCUCUGAGUGGCUGACUGACAUCAGGAAGAAUCAGCUGCCGGGCAUCCUGGGUGGGGUUGGCCCCAUGCACUCUGUUGUCCAGCUGUUCCACGGCGUGAGGGAUCUCUUCUGGCUGCCCAUUGAGCAAUACAGGAAAGACGGGCGCAUUAUCCGGGGUCUCCAGAGGGGGGCAGCGUCUUUUGGCACCUCAACAGCAUCGGCUGCACUGGAGCUCAGCAACAGGCUGGUGCAGGCAAUUCAGGCCACGGCCGAGACGGUGUACGACAUCCUGUCUCCGACACCCCCACUCAACCGCUACGCCAUCGCCGAGGGCCGGGCCCCUUCCGUUCGGCCCCGCAGAGCCGCCCAGCCCGCUGACCUUCGAGAGGGUGUGGCCAAGGCUUACGACACCGUCAGAGAGGGAGUGAUUGACACAGCUCAGACCCUUUGCGACGUAGCGUCCCGUGGCCACGAACAGAAGGGUCUGCCCGGCGCCGUGGGCGGCGUCCUGCGGCAGAUCCCACCCACCGUGGUCCGACCUUUAAUCGUGGCCUCGGAAGCCACCUCCAAUCUGCUGGGCGGCAUGCGCAACCAGAUCAAACCGGAUGCAAGGAAGGAGGACUUCCUCAAGUGGCGUACGGAGGACUGCCAAGAAUGAUGGCUUUUUUUCAUCUUUUCUUUUUUGUGGUGUCUGCGUGACGAUGCAAGCAUGUGUGUGUGUGUGUAUGUGUGCGCGUGUGUGUGUGUGUGUGUGUGUGUGUGAGAAUGACAGGUUCAAAUGUAGGGUUUUUUUUUGUAAUUUUGCAUUUAUGUGUAGAUUAACAAAUGUUAGUGCGUGAUUCAAUGCAAAAAGGAACGCGAUGACUUAACACCUGCUGCAUUGACCGAUGCCCAGUGUUGUGUAUGUGUUCCAUUCUUGAUUCGUGUAUGCUGCAGCAGGAACUCUGUGAGCUUCCCUCCCCCUCAGUGUUGCACAGAUUCUCCUCUCUGUUGGUUUUAGUGUGUAAACAUAUCACCAUCGUGGGCACCUGGCUUCUUAAAAAAAAAAAAAAAAAGAACCACAAUAGCCAGUUUUAUUUCUAGUUCAGUGGCAUUUCAGGCACCCAGUUUCAAGGGAGCAGGGAACAUCAAAACUGAAGAAAACAUGAGAAUAUUUCCUGUCGUCUUUCACCUCCACAUUUUGUUGUUUGCUUUGACUUCAUGUGUGCCAUAAGGCUUGCAGAGUGCCCUUUUGUUUUAUACCACAGUAGCUUGCGUUGCCUUUUUUUCUCAGUUCUGCAGCCAUUCAACCUAAAAGCUCAUCUUUACUUUGCCUGACUGAAUUCUCUUCAUCCUGUUAGGUUUGACAGACUUCGAUUGUAUGUCUCGUACAAAUCUGAUGUUGAUUUGUCAUCGAAGAAGGGUUAGGAUCUCUUGUUUUUAACACCCCCGUUCUUUAGUUGCCUUCCUGCAUUUGUGUUUCUUUAUGACUUUUUUUUUUUUUUUUUUUUACAUUAACAGUGUAUGUUGUAUUCAUUUUCAAACUAAGAGACGAUGGGAUGUGAAUGUAGUGACCAUUGGAGGAUGAGGAGUCUGUGAUUACACACACACACACACACAUACAGUAUAUAUAUAUAUAUAUAUAUGUAUAUAUAUAUAUAUAUAUGUAUAUAUAUAUAUAUAUAUGUAUAUAUAUAUAUAUAUAUAUAUAUAUAUAUAUAUAUAUAUAUAUAUAUGUAUAUAUAAAGUUUUACAUUUUUAUCUCUUUUUGUUGAAUAAAUGUGAGGUUAUCUGCGUGACGGAAGGUGUGUGCUUGUGUGCACGCUUGAUGCAUGUCUGUGAGGAUGCAAGGGUGAUGCUUGUAAUGACGAUUUACGAUAUCAUGAAAUGUAUGAAUGACCUGUAUAGUACAAAACAAUGAAGAUGUUAAAAAAAAUAAAAAUAAAAAAAAGUUUACACUUUGGUGUGACUUCCACCUGAACCUCUCACAGACUG